AUGGAUCCCUAUGACAGUGACUCGAGUCUCGACGAGGAUUUCACCGAUACUGGUGUUCUUCUCGGCUAUGCCGCUGAGGAAGUCAUUGAAGACACAAUCAGCCAUCUAGGAGGCUGGCCCAAAUGGCUCGAUGAUGCCUCCCCAGCCCCAGGCGACUUCGCCAACUGCAAGGUCUGCAAUAGUCCAAUGCUCCUCCUUCUCGAGUUACACGGCGACCUGCCCGACCGUUUUCCAACCGACGAACGGCGCCUUUACCUAUUCGGCUGCCCCAGAAAACCCUGCAACCGCAAGCCCGGGAGCAUCAGAGCCUACCGCGCAACCCGCAAGGUAACAGUCGGCACAGAAAAGCCAAAGCAAACCGACGAGCCCAAAAAUGAAACCCCGCCUUCCGCCCCCGAGCAACCAAAGCAAGACCUCGGCGCAAGCCUGUUCGGCGCGACAACCUUAACCAACACGGUCUCCUCAAACCCAAACCCAUUUUCGUCCUCCACAGGCCCAACACCCGCAGGAAGCAACCCCUUCGCAACGCCCGUGCCAGGUACCCCAGCCGAGAAAAAGCCCGCGCCCGCAAAGCAAGAACAAUCCCUAGCGGAAUCCUUCGCGGACAAAGUGCGCGUCUCAGAACCAAACCCCCCAGCAGCCACGAAACAAACCCCGGAAUCAAGCAGUGACACAACACCGUGGCCCGCGCAAUCCGCCUUCCCACCCCCAUACAAGAACUUCUACCUAGAUGCCGAAUACGAGACCCUCAGCCGGCCCUCAACGCCCACAGUACCGGAAAACGUAACAAUGGAACCGAUGGACGAAGAAGGCAGCGGAGCCGCCGACCUAAAAGACACCUUCGAGUCCGAGCUCGACAAAGCCUUCAUGAAAUUCUCCACCCGCCUCGCCCACAACCCAGAGCAAGUCCUGCGCUAUGAAUUCAACGGUGUGCCCUUGCUCUAUUCGCAUAGCGAUGCCGUCGGCGCGAGGUUCCAUGUGAACAGUGCGCCGAAUGCGAAGGUUACUACUACGACACUGGGCGCGGGCAGUAUCCCCCCUUGUGAGUAUUGUGGUGCGCCUCGUGUCUUUGAGUUCCAACUUGUGCCGCACGCUAUUAGUAUGCUUGAAGAGGGACGUGCUGGUGUUGGACUUGGCAAGGAUGAUGCCGGGAUGGAGUGGGGGACUAUUAUUCUUGGAAAAUAG